GGAUACGCUGGAGAGAGAGGAAGUCCCACUGUCCCUCCCUCCAUCCAUCCAUCCAUCCAUCACUCAAUCCAUCUUACUCGUAGCGUGUACGUGUCCCAGUGCUGCAUGCUUUCGGUUUGGAUCCACUGAGAUGUGAGGUCAGCAGGAAGGAAUCAUUCAGGAAAGGAUGGCAAAAAAACCCCUGCUUUUUGGGAGCAUGUGUCCUGCUUGGGGAAACCUCGCCGCCUGAUAAGAAGGACUGAACUGAAGACAGAAGUUUACCAGGACCACCCCAACUCUUACAUCCCUCUCCUGUUUGUUCCCGGCACCCUGUAGAUCCAAGUGAGGGAGCAUGGAGGAGAGAAGCGGAUGAUGGGAGCAGUAGAAACAGGAUUAAGGGGUGUAGAGAGUGAGGUGUAGGAAGAUGGCGAGACUCCGUUGUGACUCCUGGUGUGCAGAAGUGACCUUUGACACCGGAGACAAGAGCUAUCUAGACUCUAUUGUGUGCCGGGGUAACCAGCUGAGCUGACAUCAAAUCAUCAGUUAGACUCUUUUUAUUUGUUCUCCUCCAUAUUUGAACUUUCUUUCCAGAGCCGCAUGUCUCAAAGGGAAUGGUUUAAAAGCUCUGACCACAUGGCAUAGUGAGUAAUCUUCAGGACCGUAGUGAUUUGGGGAAGUAUUUUAAUCUUCCUGCAACCCAGCUUCUUUGAAAUUAGCAUGCUGCGUUUCUGGACAGUCCACGGGAUUGUUUCAAUCUUUUGGCUCACAGGACAAGAAGCUCUCAAGUCUUUCCACUCAAGGACUGUCAGGAUCAUUCUUAGAAGCCAAAUUGAGUCUUAAAUCUUUGACAUGCUUCCUCUGUUGUUUUCUGGAUCCUUUUCUUUUCCUGAGUGGGCCUUGGACCGUGAUGGCUUCUCCGCAUGUCACUAUGGAUUCUUGUGUAUUUUAGACUGCUCAGUUGCAACAUCUGCCUCUCUUCAAGUCUCUGGAAAGUCUCAAGAUUUGAACUAUGCAUGAAUGUCUUUGAGAGGACAGUGGAUCGGAUAGGAUCUUUACAGUUUUGUAACGAUUACUUUACCAGGGCGCUACAAUUCCUGGGCUGAUGCAGAUCGCGGCAGCUGCAGGGAUGAACCACUGGAGCUGGGAAAACGCUGGGAAUGCCAGUAAAUCGGAGAGAAGUGGGCCACACAGGGGGAAGCUGAUGAUGCUGCUGUGGAUUAUCCUCUCCAGCUCGCUGUGCCUGAUGGUCGAUGGCCAGAUGAAGCUCUCACCAGAAACGGUGCAGAAGUGGGCUGUGUCAUUUGGCAAAGAGAUAGCUGCCCUGUCUGCCAGAUACUCUGGAGCUAAACUGCUACAGAAGAAAUACAAGGAUGUCGAGGGCGUGGUGAAGAUAGAGGAGGUGGACGGAGCGGAGCUUGUCAAAAAGUUUGCUGAGGAGAUGGAGGAGAUGCUUGGGAGGAAGAUGAAAUCUGUGAAGAGGUUAGCAGAAGCGGCAGAGGAUGCUGACCUUUACCACGAGUACAAUGAAACACUGCAGUUUGAAUACUAUAACUCCCUGCUGAUCAACACGUUGGAUGAGGAUGGGAAUCCAGUGUCGCUGGGAGGAGAAUUCGCUCUGGAGAAAAAUGAACACUUCAAUAGACUGCCAGUCAACACCCAACAGAGCAACAUACAAGUUCCCACUAAUGUUUACAACAGAGAUCCAGAUAUUCUUAAUGGAGUCUACAUGUCUGAGGCUCUGAAUGACGUGUUCAUUGACAACUUCCAGAAAGAUCCGACCCUUACUUGGCAGUACUUUGGCAGCGCUACAGGCUUCUUCAGGCUCUACCCAGGGAUCCAGUGGACUCCAGAUGAAAAUGGUGUGGUCACCUAUGACUGCAGAAACAGAAACUGGUAUAUCCAGGCAGCCACUUCACCUAAAGAUGUGGUUAUCGUGGUGGAUGUCAGUGGCAGUAUGAAGGGACUCAGAAUGACCAUAGCCAAACACACCAUCAAUACAAUCCUAGACACGCUGGGAGAAAAUGACUUUGUUAACAUCAUAGCUUACAGUGACUAUGUUAGCUACGUGGAGCCCUGCUUCAAGGGCACGCUGGUACAAGCUGAUCUGGAUAACAGAGAGCAUUUCAAGCUUUUGGUUGAAGAGCUUCAUGUCAAAGGCGAGGGCAAAGUGAAUAAGGCCAUGAAAGAAUCUUUCAAGAUUCUCAACGAGGCUACAGCGUUGGGCCAGGGCAGCCUGUGUAACCAGGCCAUCAUGCUGAUAACAGACGGAGCCAUGGAGGACUUCCAGGAUGUUUUUGAAGAGUUCAACUGGCCAGAACGACGGGUGCGAGUGUUCACCUAUCUGAUUGGACGAGAGAUGACAUUUGCUGAAAAUGUAAAAUGGAUUGCUUGCAACAACAAGGGUUACUACACACACGUCUCCACACUGGCCGACGUUCAGGAAAACGUUAUGGAGUACCUCCAUGUUCUCAGCCGGCCAAUGGUCAUUAACCACGAUCACGACAUCAUCUGGACUGAGGCGUAUAUGGACAGUGUGCUGUUCAACAGUCAGGCCCAGAGCCUGCUCCUGAUGACCUCGGUAGCCAUGCCUGUGUUCAGCAAGAAGAAAGAGACACUGUCUCAUGGGAUUCUGCUGGGAGUGGUAGGAACAGAUGUGCCCUUGAGAGAACUGAUGAGAUUAGCUCCGAGAUACAAGCUUGGUGUCCAUGGUUACGCCUACCUCAUCACCAACAACGGCUACAUCCUGUCUCAUCCUGACCUACGACCUCUGUAUAAAGAGGGGAAGACGCUCAAGCCAAAACCCAACUAUAACAGUGUUGAUCUGGCAGAGGUGGAAUGGGAAGACACCGAAGAGAAACUGAGGACAGCUAUGGUUAAAGGAGAAACUGGGAUGUUGUCGUUAGACGUGAGAACGUCAGUGGAUAAAGGAAGGAGAGUGAUGUUCCUGAAGAAUGAUUACUUCUACACCGACAUCAACGAGACACCAUUCAGUCUGGGCAUAGUGCUGACUAGAGGAUAUGGACAGUAUAUCUUUAUUGGAAACGUCUCCGUUGAAGAGGGUCUCCAUGACUUACUGGCUCCAGACCUGAGCAUAGCUACUGAAUGGACCUAUUGUGAGACAGACAUUGACCCGGCCCACCGUAAACUGACCCAAAUGCAGGCUGUGGUGCUAUACCUCACUGGCAAAGAACCAGAUCUGGAGUGUGAUGUGCAGUUGUUGCAACAAACUCUAUUUGACGCUGUGGUCACGGCUCCUAUGGAAGCCUACUGGACGGCACUCAUGCUCAACACAUCUGGUAUGGACGAGGGGAUGGAAACGGCAUUCUUGGGCACUCGUUCAGGCCUGAUGAGAUUCCAGAGAUACGCUGGUGUUGAGAAGAGAAUUGCCAAGUCUUUCCUGACCUCCUCAGACAAGGAGAAUAUGUUCACAUUGGACCAUUUCCCAGUGUGGUUCCGCAGAGCAUCCGAGAAUCCAGCUGGGCAGUUUCUAUACUACAUGCCCAGACAGGAGACUAAAGCAGGGAGGAUAGUGAUCGCCACCACUGCUGUUACUGUUACAGUGGGCAAGAAAACUGCCAUCGCUGGAGCCAUCGGUGUCCAGAUGACUCUGGAUGUGCUGGAGUCCAAAUUCUGGGCCAUCGCAGGACAGCCAAAUGACACAGAUUGCUCUGAUACAGAAGGAGUUUGUCCUCUUCGGUGUGACAGCUUUGAUAUUGCAUGCUACGCGAUUGACAAUAAUGGCUUUGUCCUAAUUUCUAAACAGCGCAGUGAUGCGGGAAGAUUCUUUGGUGAGGUCGACGGAUCCGUGAUGACAACGCUAAUCAGAAUGGGCAUGUUCAAAAGGGUGUCCUUGUUCGACUACCAGGCCAUGUGUAAGAUGAACUCGCACUCUGUCAGCAGCGCCCGUCCACUUCUCAGUCCAUUCUAUGGCUUGGCUUCAGCUCUCAAGUGGUUCCUCUCCAACUUCCUGCUGUUUCUCCUGGAGUUUAAUAUCUGUGGCUUCUGGCACACGGACCAUUUUGCUGACGCCAAACCAUCUUUCAGCGUGUCCUCAGCUCAUAAGAAAAGAGGGGACAUCCUGCAGCCGUGUGACACCGAGUACCCCAGCUUCGUCUACGAGCCAUCAGUCAAAGAGACCAACAGCAUUAUUAAGUGUGGACGCUGCCAGAAGAUGUUCGUGGUGCAACAGAUACCAGAUAGCAACCUGUUGAUGUUGGUGGUGCAGGCAGACUGUGACUGUUCCAGACAGUACCCACCCAUCACCAUGGAGCCCAAGGAAGUCAGAUAUAAUGCCUCAGUGAAGUGUGACAGGAUGAGGUCCCAGAAGAUUCGCCGACGCCCUGAGUCCUGCCACGCAUACCAUCCCCAGGAGAACGCCAAUGACUGUGGAGCAGCUUCUGUUAUCUCUCUCUCUGCCUCUCUCUUCCUCACCUGCCUCUCCUUCUUGGUGCUCAUCUCCUGAUGAUGGACAACUUUGCUGUUUCAUCCUUUCUUGUAUAAGGGAGGAGAUAUGAAUGAAUCAAGAGACAUGAUUGGACACUGGACACCUCAAGUGGAUUUAAAAGAAACUGAUUCUGCACAUUUUGCUCGUGACGACCACAAACCUUGUCUCUGACAACGGACCUUUGAUGUGGUGUCUGAGCAUUUGUUGGUUAACUCUUAUACAUUUUACAUCUGAACUGAAAACUGCAAAGAAGGCAAGGUAAUGGGCCAUUGUUGCCAUGGAUACUUUUCCAUGAGUUGCUUUCUCGCACACCACUUUGCAUCUCGAAAUAAAAGGGGACUAAAGAGAUGCAGGUGGCAGCUAUGGCGUGCAUUGAUGAAAGGGGAGUAUGAGUCACAAGAUGCAACAUGACAAAGUCCAGUGGGGGAAACAUUUCCUAUUUCCCACUGAACUGAAUAUUGUAUUGUAGACACACAUGCAUAUUAUAUAUGCAGCUGCAAGCAUGCACUCCUGCCAUCCUUCGCCUGUUGACUAUCAUGCGUGUUGAAUGAGAGAAGGGAGAGAAGGGCUACAGCAGUGAAUGGUGAUUGUGUAACAUCAGUGCUGCUGCUGAAAGUCAUGUUUUAUAAGGGUGUUUGCAACUUUAGUUUCUCUCAGUCUCCUGCAAAUCUCAAAGGGUAAUGGCUCAGUGCCAAGAAAGUACCUUCAGUGGAGUUGGUAAAAAUGCAAUAAAGAUAAUCGAAAAAUCUGAAUGGGAAGUUCCUUCACAAUCUCAGCUUUUAAUUUUUUUUAUUUUUUUACUUGGAUUACAUCUUAAAAAGUGUUUGUUUCUGUAACAUACAGUAUCUUUUAAAACAUGUCUGCCUUUGUCUUCAUCAGCCGUGUCUUUCUGUGUGUUUGUGCUUACUGUAUGUAUUUAUGUUUGGCUGGACGACACUGUUGAAACUCACAGGAUGUAAAUCUACAACACCUUAAUGGAUUUUUUUGGAUUACAAAUGCUUUCACGUGGUUUAAAAGCAAAUCCAGUACAUAAUAAUCAUCAAAAGAUGCAGUUGUACCAACACACAAAUGUUUCUGGAACUAGUGGUGAUGAUGCGUUUGCAGAACUGUGGUUUUUGGAUUCUUUACUUGGGCGUAACGAUCAUGUACCUGCUACUUAUUACUUGACAUAAAUAAUGAUAUAAUUUUAUAAAAUCAUGAUUAAAGCAGGAAAAAAGUGGAAGCACUCUGCAAAACAAGAUUGUGGUAUGAAAAAAACCUGGAACUGUCAUAUAUGUAAUUGUAAUGUAUAUUAACAGUGUAAAUCUAACUGCAUAGGGUAUUUUUGUAUUUGCUUGUGUUUCAUAUUUUGAACUUAAGCAUUUCAUUGUUCAACCCAAUCCAAUUCCAAAAAAAAGUUGGGAGGCUGUGUAACAAGUAAAUAAAAGCAGAAUGCCAUGAUUUGCAAAUCCUUUUUGACCUAUAUUCCAUUGAAUACAGUAAAAAGACAAGAUCUUUAAUGUUCAAACUCAUAACCUUUAUUGUUUUUUGUAAGAUAUACACUUUUUCUGAAUUUGAUGCCUGCAACAUGUUCCAAAAAAGUUGUGACAGGGGGAACAGAAGACUGGGAAGGUUGUGAAAUGUUCAAGAAACACCAGUUUGGAUCAUACAACAGGUAAACAGGUUAACUGGUAACAGAUUAAAGUAUGAAAGAGGUGUCCUCGAAAUGCUCGGUUGUCACUAGCAAGGGUGGUCACUUUGUGAGUGGGCAAACAGUCCAACAGUUUAAAAACAACAUUUCUAAACACACAAUUGCAAAAAAAAAAAAAAAAGAAAAAACGAAUUUCACCAUCUGUGAUCCAUCAUAUCAUCAAAAGAUCCAGAGAAUCCAGAGAAAGCUUGUGUUGGAAAACCAUUUAAAGUAAACACAGUUCGUCGCUGCGUCAACAAAUGCAAUCAUAUUAUCAACAUCAUCCAAAAACGCAGUCGACCUCUCGGGGCCUGAGCUCAUCUGAGAUGGACUGACACAACAUGGAAAAGUGUGCUGUGGUCUGACAAGUCCACAUUUCAAAUUGUUUUUGGACACCAUGGACGUCCUGUCCUCAGCGCUAAAGAGGAAAAGGACCAUCCAGAUUGUUUCCAGGACAAAGUUCCGGAGUCAGCAUUUGUCAUGGUAUGAGGGUGUGUUAGUGCCCCUAACAUCAUGGGUAACUUGUACUGUAAGACAUCUGUGAAGGCACCAUGAAUGCUGAAUGGUACAUACAGGUUUUGGAGCAACAUAUGCUGCCAUCCAGACAGCGUCUUGCAUAUUCCAGCAACACAAUGCCAAGUUUAUGUGUUACAACAGCGUGGCUUCAUGGUAAAAGAGUCCAAGUACCAAACUGACCUGCCUGAAUAUGUGUGGCACAUUAUGAAGCGCAAAAUACGAUAAGGGAGAUCCCAGACUGUUGAGUAACUGAAGUCGUACAUCAAGCCAGAAUGGGAAGGAAUUUCACUUUCAAAACUUUCAACAGUUAGCGUCCUCAGUUCCCGAACACUUACUGAGUGUUGUUAAAAGAAAAGGUGAUGUCACACAGUGGUAAACAUGCUCCUGUCCCAACUUUUUGGGACAUACUGCAGGCAUUAAAUUGAGAAUGAGUGUAUAUUUACAAAAAAAAAAUAAAG